AGCUUGAAGUGAAAACCUCAGAGAUCAGACUGCACUGACUCUUCACUGUGUGGAGCUGUUUCAGACAUCACCAUGGCACAGAUCGAAAGUGUUACCAUAGUCUGCAACCUCAAUCCCAAGGUCCCACCCUUGGAGUGGAAGAGGUUCAGAAGCCUGGGAGAGUAUUCAUCCAGCUUGGACAUGAACUUCGAUUCCAGUACCACUAACGUCUCAUCAAAGUAUCAGGACAUCAUCUCCAGAAGUAUUCUGAUCCGUUCAGGAUCUCCUUCUGUCUACCAGCUGAAACCAAAGAAAGAGGAGAUUGGAACUCUGACUAGAAUGACUGUUGGAGAAAGAAACAUGAACAAGACCAAUAGAACCAUCUUACUGGUUGGAGAAUCAGGAGCAGGAAAAUCAGCUCUGAUCAACUCUCUGUUCAACUACACCAUUGGAGUGAAGUUUGAGGAUGAAGUCUGGUUUCAGAUCAUAGAGAAGAAGAAAAAAAGUCAAACAGAAAGUCAGACAUCAGAUGUGAUCGUGUACCAGAUCUUUGGUUUUGAAGAUGAGACUCUGCCCUACUCUCUGACCAUCAUCGAUACUCCUGGAUAUGGAGACACCAGAGGGAUCAAGAAAGAUGUCAUGGUCAGUGAAAGAUUAUUUGACUUGUUUAGAUCAGAGGACGGAGUUCAUGAAGUUAAUGCAGUGGGUCUGGUGGUGAAGGCCACUGAGAACCGACUGAAUGAUCGACUGUCAUACAUCUUUAACUCAGUGAUGUCUCUGUUUGGAAAAGAUCUGGAAAAGAAAAUCGUAGCUCUCAUCACACACUCUAAUGGAAGAAAACCUAGAAAUGCUCUUGAAGCUCUUGAAGAUGCAAAAGUUAAAUGUGCAAAAAAUGAGAAGAAUCAACCUGUUUACUUCCUGUUUGACAACUGUCGGAGUGAAGACAGAACAGAGGAAGAAGAGGAAGAAGAAGAAGAAGAAGAAGAAGAAGAAGAAUACCUGAAAGGUGCUGAUAAAAUAUCAAUGAAAGGAAUGAGAGCGUUCACAGCUUUUCUGGAAAAAACUGCUCCACAAAAACUGAUGAAAACUGUGGAUGUUCUGAAAGAACGUGUCAGACUGACAGCCUGCAUCCACAACCUGGAAGAGAGAAUCAACCUGACUGAACUGAAACAGAAUGAGAUGAAACAGACUCAAGAAGCUCUGAAGAAACAUAAAGAAGAGAUGAAGAAGAAUGAAAAGUUCACUGUAGAAGUUGAUGAGGUCUACAAAGAAAAAGAAGCUAUUGAUGGUGGGAAGUGGAAAUUGAUGUUUUAUGAAGGAGCUGUCUGCUGUACCAUCUGUGAGGAGAACUGUCACUAUCCUGGAUGCACAAUGGCCUGGUUUCCUGGACUCUGUGAGGUCAUGAAGAGAGGUCACUGUACUGUUUGCACCAACAAGUGUCCUGUAUCAGCUCAUGUGAAACAAAAGUGGAGAUAUGUGACCAAGACCAGGAAAGUUCAGAGAACAGAAAAAGAAAUAAAACAGAAAUAUGAGAAGAAUAAAUCAGAAAGUGAGAAGAAGUUGAGUCUUUUGGAAAAUCUUGAGAAAGACAUCAACCAACUGACAUCAGAGAAGUCCCAGCUCCUGGAUGAGGCCUACCAACAUGUUGUUGAACUGGAGCAGAUCGCCCUGAAUGUUAAUUCAGUGUCCACUCAUGUCCACUUGGACUUCCUGAUUGAGAAGAUGAAGGAGAGAGGAGACAGAGAGAAGGUCCAGAAACUGGAGGAGAUGAAAAACAGAAUGGAUGAAGGAACCGUAGCAGCACUGAGAUACAUGAAGACUAAAGAGGACGAGGAAAAUAAAUGAAAGACUCACUGAUGUAGAUGAUCAACAUGAUUCUGAUAUUCUGCUGUUGACACUCUUUAAACGUGAAUCAGUUGUUUGAUUGUGAUUAUAUAUAUUGUAUUAUUUACUGUAAUAUACAGUUCACAUUUCCAAUUAAUAUUGAUUAUUUCAGUGUAGUGUUCUAUGUUUUUGUUCUUUUCUGGGGUUUGGAGAAAUAUGGGAUUUGGAGAUUUAAUGUUAUCUCUUGGCAUUUUAUAUUACAAUUACAAUCAGACUGCUGUUCUUUCUGAAAUAUAUUAUAGCACAUUUUUUUUGUGAAAGCUCUGUAGCUUAUAUUUAGCUUUUAAUAGUCAUUAUGAGUAGUUUACCUGCUAUGAACUGGAAUCUCAAUGGGCUGAAUGGAUGGAUAAGCGUGCAGCCUGGAUUGAUCCUCUGGACAGACAAUGUGAGCACACUGCAUUUUGUGUAGGGAUCUCAUCAAAGAACUCGAGAUGUUUGAUGCUUUUCAGUUUGAAUCACUGGGCAGUAAAACAAGGGCUCGUUAAUGGUAUUAACUGUCUUUGCUUGAGCGUGUCAUUGAAUUCUGAAAGACUGGGUCCUUUAAUGACCCACAGAAAUUUUGGAAGAGUUCAUAAAUAAUAAAAAAUUAUAUUAGAGUGUGAUCAGAGUGAUUGUGAUUUAAUUUGGUCAGCUCAUCUCUGUAUCUUCAUGUGAUCCAUCUCUUAGUUGUUUGUCAAUGUCUUUUUUUCUGUUAUCACUCUAUUCUGUGUCUGCUUGUAUCUUCAUGGUUUUCUGUCUUUCACAUGGCACAAGUGUUUGGGGUUAGUGUUGGGGGUUAGGGUCAGAGUUAUUGUUCUUUUGCUACUUACAAGUGCUUACUUGUACCUUUAAGCUCUUCUUUUUUUUUUUGAUAUAUGGAUGUACUUAUUAAACUAUCAGGAUACUGGGCCACUCUGUUAAACUGCAUUUUGUUGAAUUCUAUAAGAGUCUUGGUGCUAGCUGUUACUCAGUGCGUUUACAUGCAGAGUUUAAUGGAGCUUUGCUCUAAACUCUACUUCCUGACUACAGUCCUUGUCCCAGUUUACAUGCAGCGAAGAAAAUCUAAUAACUGUUCUCCUCCUC